AUGAAAAACUCUAAUAAGGGUCGCAAAAUUAAUGAACCUCAACUCACAGUGACUGAUCUUGGGAAAAGAAAGUUUGGUGAUCAGUUUGGCGAUCGAAGUGGUAUUAAAAUGUGGGGGUUCGACCAUGAGCUCAAAUUGUGGGUAGUUAAAAGAAAUCCGUGCAACUCAGAGUACUACAACAACAUUCAUGAUUUCUGGUCUUGGAUGAAAGUCGAUCUCUCUGAACUCUCUAAAGCCCCAUUUCACAAUCCUUCUAAGAAUCCUAGUGCUUACAACUUCAAACGUUUUCUUGAGAAGCAAGUCAAAGACAAAUUCCCAAUAAUGAAGACUGCAAAAUCUCUAAUUAGAAGAGACAAGGAAGUUCUUGACCCUGAAACUGACGAACCAAUGGAGAUUAUGUUAUGGCCUACAACAAGACAGUUGAAGGAUGGCCUACAACAAGACAGUUGA